CAGCCAGCCCGGUGUGCUGUGCCCUGCAACAAGCGACAUGGGCCUGCGCGAGGGGGAGGCAGCACAAUCGCAGCGCCUGGCAAGGAGAGGCAUGCAGAUUUAAGGAUGCCUGGACGGCCUGGCCCUCGACUCGCACUCUGCGACGGUCUGCUUUCAUUUUGCCUCGAACGCUGUCUCUCUCGCUCGCUGGUAUAGCGCCAGCCCCAACGCCCAAGUGGUCUCGUACCUGAUCUCAUUCGUCGUAGGAUAUACCUACAGAUUGACACCAUCCUGCAGCAAUGCAGUCCUCCCAGUUGCCGCCGUCGCCGGUCAUGCCGUCCCGGAGCACCAAGCCCUCGUCCAAGCCAAAGCCAGGCCGGCCGCCCGGGUCGUCUCUUGCGAAUGUUUCCACUAUGAGCCUUGCGUCCUCGACCUCGUCUGCAGCCCUCGAUCCGAGUUCGUCGUCGCUCGCCGCUGACCUGAUCGCCGAUGUCUUUGCCUCGUGGGACUCUGGCAAGCCCACGUCCAACUUUACCACAUUCUCGGCCGGCUCCUCUACCUCUCUGGACCUGUCGCCCGGGAACAAACCGUCAGCGUCCUCCAGCGAGCGCCCUCUCGAUGGGGAUGCUUUGUCGGCCGCCACGGCAUCGCGCAAACUGGUUCGGCCGGCAUUGUCGCAGCUCGAAGCCGAUGACCCCUCCCUCCCCAACUCGCUGCUCUCCCCGACCUCAGCAGUUGCUCCUGGUCGUCGGCACUAUCCCGCACUCUCCAAGGUCACCCCUGUCGCCGGAUAUACACCGCAGCCGCCCCCUGGAUCGGAGCUCGAGCCUCAGCCCGGCCACACCGCAAGGGCUCCUUCGCGAGCCUCGCUCUGGCACAACUCUGAGGCCGACCACCUCUCGUCGUCGCUCGCGACUCAGGGCAGCCUGAACAGCAAGGAGGAGGUCCCGACACCCCGUUCACACACUCCAACGGCCGGUCGCAAGUCUUCGGCCUCAGCUACGGGCAUGGCGGCGCAGGCCGCCACCCAGAGCCAUUCGAGCCGAGAGUCGUCGGCCCGGACGCUUUCCUCAAACAGCUCGAUCGCAUGCUCGGCGGACGAAGCCCCGAAGCAAACCGAUCCUCCCAAGUCCGUGGGCGGAGCCCGCAACAACGCCAACAAGACCCAUGAUCCGACCGAGUUUUUCCAGUCCUUUGCGCGGUCGUCCAUCUGGAACAGCGAGCCGAUUGUGGGGCUGAUGGAGACCCCGGAUCUCAGCCUCAGAAUCGAAGGCAGCAAGUCCAACUUGCGCUCGGAGCUGACCGAGAGCCCGCUUGAGUCGCCGCAUGGAUCGUGUUCGUUCGAGUCCCUUGGAAAUGGCCAUGUGUCCUCAGGCUUUUCCAGCCCAGCACCGAGCGACCUCUAUGCCACUUCGCGAUCGAGCACGCCUCGACUCCCAAGCACGUCGAUGGAUAACAGCCGCUACGUCCCGCCAGCCACGUAUGCUUCUUCGAGUGCCGCCAGCGCAUAUGGUGAUAGUUCCUAUCCGCCUUCGCUCCACGAGUCGCCAGUCCUGCAGCGAACUACAACCGGCCAGUCUUCUGUGUCGGUGUAUCCCGAGUCCCAGAGCGACCGAGCACUAGGUUCCCGAAGCGCUUCGCAAACCUCGCUCCCUGCAUUCUUGAGCACUCAGCUGCCGAUCAGCAGUAGCAAGUCAGAAAGUCGGGGAUCGCCGCUGCGCAAGUUGAGCUUGAGUCGAAAGAGCAACCGCUCCAUGGCAAGUACAUCGACAUCCAAUCCGCCAUCGCCAACCAAGCACACCGCUGGGCUGUUUGCCGCACCGGGCUCGUAUCCUGUGAAUCUCAGUCGGUCCAAGUCAUCCGUUUCGCUCCACCGAUCGAAAUCCGAGGGAGGCUCCAAGCACGCUCCGAGCUUUGAAGAUGCCCCGCCAAUGCCCAAGAUGUCGCUGGAUGCAAAGCGCUCAUUCGAAUGGAACGAUGCCAGGUCUGCCGGUACACAACAGAUGCACCAGCAGCCCGCAUAUCCACAGCAGCAGCAGCAGCAGAUGUACCAGCAGCCCACAUAUUAUCCACAGCAGCAGUACUAUCCCAACGUCCCGAGGCAACCGUAUCCUUCGCCAGCGCGAGUCGACCCGGCUGUGACCAGCCCCCCUCAGUAUACGGGAUUCCCGAGCACGAGUACGGGCUCGUCUCACACCUCUCCCCAAAGCCGGGUCGGCACCUUCACAACAGUUCCUUAUGUCUCCGCCAAGUCGACACCUGCAGCGACACAAAUCGGCGCCAAGCGACAGGUUGCUGUCCGACAGAACCAACCCCGAGCCGAGCCGGUCCGCAUGCAGCUUUGGACGACGCCCUCCCGUUUUGGCCCUUGAUUUUAGACUAAUGCUUUGCCUAUCAUUCCUCAUACUCGUACUCUCGUCGUCGUAUUCUUGCUUUGGUUGGUUGCUCGCCGGCUCACUCGCUGCAUGCUGCGAACCUCAUAUGCUGAUGCUGUUGUUGAUGCUUCUGAUGCCACGCCGCGGCUCCAAAUAUACAGCCUGCCUUUCC